AUGAAGGCGAGACUUUUCCAACAGUCGGUGAGGAGGCCUCAGUCUUUUAGGCUUUUAUCAAAAGCCCCCGCCAAUGCACCUAAAGCAUCAGACAAUGAGUCCUGGUUGCGGAAACUUGGAAGCCCCCAAAACAAGGCCGUGGGAUCUGUUAAUCGAGAUAAGUCGGGCAAUAAAAGUAAGCUCGAGACUGCCGUUGACGUAGAACCAAGAUUCCAAAUUGCUUCAACUCCUCCCGAGACUCCAUAUAUUAAUGUAAAAGCAUCUUUGUCUCAGUUCACGACGGUCAGUUACCUGCAACCCAAGACUCAACGUCAUGCGCAGGCUAAAGAAUUUGUUGAUCUAAGGGUUCUUAAACUACGUAGCGGCAGCGGUGGUAACGGUGCUGUAUCAUUCUUCCGGGAUGCCGGUAGAGCUAUUGGACCGCCUGAUGGAGGAGACGGAGGAGAUGGAGGAGGAAUCUACGUGCAAGCCGUUGAAGGAUUAAAUAGUCUUGCCAAAUUGAAAACCAGCUACAGAGCCACUGAUGGAGAGAGUGGAGCUGCGAAGCAGCUGGACGGUGCUCGCGGAAAGGACGUUUUGAUCAUGGUUCCAGUAGGCACUGUGAUUAAAUGGUGUAUGGAUCCCAUACCAGUUCGCCACGCCGUGCAAGCCUACAGAAAAGCAAACGCGGUGCCUGCCAGGACCGCACUUGAUAAACAAACGGUAAGUCUGCAUUGCACAGGCCGUUUCGAGAUGGACCAGAAACCCACACAUAUUCAGCUGUUCCGCGAAUCUUACGGACCAGGCGAGGGCUGGAAUUUCAAGGGUAAAGACAAGGUGUAUCACUCAGACAAAUCGUGGUUUCAGGAGUUGAACGAGAAGGUAAAGGUUUACGACCUUGAGGCCGCGGAAUCUGAGCUGAAAACGGACCGAUUCCCGCUGCGUGGUUUAGACUUCGACAAACCUAGCGAGAAGCCUGUUUGCUUGUUAAAGGGUGGGAAAGGUGGUUUGGGAAACAUGCAUUUUUUGACGAACGUCAUCCGAAACCCACGUUUCGCAAAAAUGGGACGGAGCGGUCUUGAGCAGCACUUUAUGUUCGAGCUGAAAAGUCUGGCAGACCUGGGUUUGGUUGGUCUACCUAAUGCUGGCAAAUCAACCAUUUUAAAUCGCAUAUCCAACGCCAGGCCUCGAAUUGGCCACUGGGAAUUCACCACAACCCAUCCAAGUGUGGGCACCGUUAAACUAGGUAUUGACGGGCUCAGUUUCACCGUUGCUGACAUUCCAGGCAUCAUUGAGGGAGCGGCCAACGACAGAGGCAUGGGCCUAGAAUUUAUUAGACACAUUCAACGAUCAAAAGGCUGGGUUAUGGUACUCAGUUUAGGUAAUUCAGACCCAUUGAAGGACCUCAAUUUACUAAUCACAGAACUGGGUGGCCUGGAGGAAGUCGCCAAGAAAAACGUGCUGGUGGUUUGCAAUAAGGCAGAUAUCGGUCAUGAAGAUCCAGCCAGCCAAAAGAAGUUUUAUACAAUAAGAGAUUUUUGCCAGUCCCAAAAUUGGGAUGUGAUACCAAUUAGCGCGUUGAACGGUCAGAAUAUAAAGCUGUUGUUGCGCAAGAUGGCAGCGUGUGCUGGGAAAGCUUGA